GUACGGACACUGUUUGUCAGUGGUCUUCCUGUGGAUAUCAAGCCCAGAGAGCUCUACCUACUUUUCCGACCAUUUAAGGGUUAUGAAGGGUCACUGAUCAAGCUAACUUCAAAGCAGCCAGUUGGUUUUGUGACAUUUGACAGCCGAGCUGGUGCUGAAGCAGCAAAGAACGCCUUGAAUGGCAUCCGCUUCGACCCAGAGAACCCCCAGACCUUGCGGUUAGAGUUUGCAAAAGCCAACACAAAAAUGGCCAAGAGCAAGCUGAUGGCUACACCAAACCCCACCAAUAUCCACCCCGCCUUGGGCGCACACUUCAUUGCACGGGACCCCUAUGACCUGACUGGAGCGGCUCUUAUUCCAGCGUCCCCAGAAGCAUGGGCUCCCUACCCACUGUACACCACGGAGCUAACCCCUGCCAUCCCCCAUGCCGCCUUCACAUACCCAGCAGCCGCCGCUGCGGCCGCUGCUCUUCACGCUCAGAUGCGCUGGUAUCCUCCCUCUGAAGCUACCCAGCAAGGAUGGAAGUCUCGUCAGUUUUGUUAG